CACAUACACAUACAUACCCUGCAGUUCAACCACAAUCCUGUGUCAUGCGUAACAACAACUGACACUCGCUUUCCCAAUGCGACCGGCUUCAGUGUUGGUGAAUUAUAUCGCUGAGCAUUCGGCCAUUCUCCUGCCAGCAACGCUGUUCCUUACGUCGACCGUCACCGAAACUGCCACCCCCAUCUCGCAUUCCCUACUCAUAUCCUCCGUGUCUUGGGCCGUCAUAUGGAUCUACAAUAGCUUGGUCGUUGGGUUCUUCUCGGGACUCAAAGAUGUUACGCGAACAAGACUGAGUUGGGCUGCUGGCGCGUUCUUCGCGCUGGCGUCAGUCUGUCAGAGAGCUGCAUACGAUCGUGAAGGCAUAUGGCAAUUCAAGGCAUUUCUUCCUCUUAUCGUCCUUCUUCUUCUCGAUGCAACCACGCUCUUCAUUUCAUCCCCGCCAGAUGGUCUUCUAGCGCAAGAUAAGCCCGGGCAACAUGAUUCCAGAAUGGGCCUCGCGAUGGUUACUAUACUGGCGUUACUGUCUCUAUCCACAUCUCCCAUGACCAAUCAAGGGGUUGCAUUAGGCAUUUGUAGUCUUCUUUGCAUCGGUGCCGGCUUUACAACUUUGCAAUGGGCUAUUGUGAGCUCGACGAAUGGAAAAGAGAGUGGAAGGGGAUAUAUGGAAGCAAAUGGCACCUUCUCGCGACGCGUUUCUGGAGCUUCUUCAUAUAGUGGGGCAUCUAGGAGCUCACGAUACGGUGGUGAACCUAGCACUGCUCUUCGGGAUGCUGCUGCCGUGCUGACUAUAUCCUGCGGCGUUGCGUCGACUAUGUUUGAAAGUUUCCGUACAGACGCGUUGACAUUUAAUAACAGAGUAGAUCGCCUAGGUGGUAAUUGGCAAGUCGUACAGAAUGGCUUCUUGAAAACACAAGUAGCUGUAAUGGUCUUCAUAUGCAUCAUCGAGAAUGCCCUACUAUUUGCCACGGUCCGCCGCUCAGGGGCAUUCCUCGCGAGUUUUGUGUCCCUCUCCGCCUGUUUGAUGGCCCGUCUGGCGACUGGGUUCUCAUCAUGGAAUAGCUGGACUACUAUCUGCAGCGGCCUUUCUAUUGUUGUUUAUCUCUAUGACAUGGGGCCUUCGAGCCUCAACACCGCGAAUGGAAGACUGCGGCGAAGAUUCCGACAGUUCAUUGCGGUUCUCGGAGUAACGACCUUGGCUCUAGCUGUCGUAAACCAUAUUCACAAGGCAUUCUUAGGCACUAGCUAUCCAGUCGAACCUCUAUUUGCGUUCGAACAUCCUGAGAAGCCUUUGCAGCCCAUGCAAAUCGGAACCUCGGAUGUACACCCUGUCGAUCAAUUGAUCAAGAACUCUGCAUCAGAUUUUCAAACCCUUCUGCAUCGACAGUCUAAAUCCUUAGGUGCGGCUGUAGCAGAGUACAAACGGAGAUACAAGAUCAGCCCGCCGCCAAAUUUCGAUCGAUGGUAUGAGUACGCAACAAGGAGAGGAGUACAGCUCAUCGAUGAGUUCGAUAACAUCCAUGAAUCAAUGACUCCGUUCUGGGGAUUAGAGCCCGCAACAAUCCGAGCACGGGCCAGAGAGGUACUUGGACAUGAUGAAAAUUUCGUGCUUGGAGUAUUGGUACGUGAAGGGACAGUUGUCAAGGUCGACCGGGGAGAAGAAUGGCAGCAACAAGCUACAGUCGGUAUGAUGGAAGCAUUUGUACAACACUUACCUGACAUGGACCUGGCGUUCAAUAUUCAUGAUGAGCCUCGAGUUGUCGUUCCUCACGACCGUCUCUCUCGCCUUGUAGAUGUCGCCUUGAAUGAGCGCAUGCCAAAGGCCCUGGCCAAUAGCUCACCAAAAAAUGCAUUUUCACCCAGACCAGGAGACAUGAGCGAAGGCAAACGUAUCGAACCUAUUGCAUUCACACGAUUCAACCAAUUCGCUCAUCAAGCCACGUGGACGCACUCAAGAAUGUCUUGCUCACCUAAUAGCCCAGCGCAACAAUAUGAAGAGGUAUCUAUGGACAAUCUCACCUCUUACGCACUAGGCAACAUGGGUUUUGUCUACAAUACGACUGCAUUUGGCGAUAUUUGUAACUUUCCAUCUCUUCGGACUACGCAUGCUUUCUUCGACUGUCCGAAUGCAUACAAUAUAGCCACCGAGCUCUUUCCUAUCUUUUCUCAGAGUAAGAUCAGCAGCUACCAAGACAUCGUCUACCCUAGUCCCUGGUACUGGAAGCACAAAGUGACUUUUGAGGAGGACAAGGACGUAAAGUGGGAAGAAAAAUCCAAUGCAAUAUAUUGGCGUGGAUCUACUACUGGAGGGUACAGUCGCCAUGGAGGUUGGAGGCGUCAUCAUCGUCAGCAUGUUGUCCGCAAGAUGAACGGACUUGAUAAAGCCGAAAUACUCACAAACACGGGAAGUGAGCAUGCACCUCACUGGGAGAGAAAGGAGGUCAAGAGGAGCGAAUACAAAGAACUCGUCGACAUCCAUUUCUCACAUGUUGGGCAGUGCGACCCAGCCGACUGCGAUGCACAAAUCGAAUUCUUCGAUGUCGUAGAGCGUGUAGAUCCCCAGGACGCAUGGAAGUGGAAGCAUCUCCUCGACAUUGAUGGUAAUGCUUUCAGUGGACGAUUUUAUGCCUUCCUAGAGAGCACUUCACUGACCUACAAAAUGGCAAUCUUCCAAGAAUGGCAUCGGGACUGGAUCAAGCCUUGGGUACAUUAUAUACCGCUAUCUCUCCGUGGUGACGAGUGGCUCGAGAUUCUGCGUUACUUCACAACAGAAUCAGAGGGCCAGGAGCAAGCGCCCCUAAUGGCUUCACAGGGACGUAAGUGGGCAGGAAAGGCGCUCCGUAACGAAGAUAUCGAGGUUUGGUUCUUUAGGUUACUUCUUGAAUAUGGACGAGUCAUUGACGACGAUCGUGAGAAUAUAGGAUACCCCGGCCCGUGAGUGCCUGACAUUGUAACAUAUAUUCAUUUUGCUAUUCGAUUUCAGCAUUGGGCGGCGUUUCGAUCUUUAGAUGGAGAGACUAUCAAGCGACAGGAUUAGUUCGAAGCUCGCUUCAGAUAGCACUUAGAUAUACGACAGCAUGUUUUGUGCAUUGGGCGGACGAUUGAUUCAAUAUAUUGGCACACCGAGCUAAAGACAAUCAAGAACCACAUGUCUCUCGAAGCAUAUAGUCAUCUCAUCUAUCUCAUGGCUCACAUGAGCCAUUUUAGAAGAAGAAGCCUCGUCUGGCGUUCCAUAUUUCAAUGCCUCAAAAGGCCGAAUCCAUUAUCUGCU